UAGAUGAAAUAUAAAAAAAAGAAUUAUAGAAAGCUAUUGAAUGGGCAGAAGAACAUAAAGAAAGCUUAGAAAAAAUAGAGAGCACUUUAUUAUUUAUUCUGCAUAAAUUAUAAUUUUUAAAAAUUUUAAAAAUGGAUAAAAUUGAUAGCAUAAAUUAUGCAAGAAAAAAUUUAAAACAAUUUUUUUUAAAAGACAAUAUAAUGGCUGAAAAAGCAUAAUAAAUAAUGGGAACUAUAAUAUGGCAUGAUUAAUUAAAUUCUAAAUAUUACAAAUAAUUUAAUGAGGAAGAAACAUGGAAAGAUGUUUAAAUGUUACUAAUAAAAAAUUGUUGUCAGAUAUAUUAAUUGCCUAUUAAAAGUUAACUUGCUUUAUGUUUAGUCGCUGGAAGUUUAGGUAAAAUUUUAAUAAAAAUAUAUAAUUAUAAUUUUUUUUUAUAUAAAUUUGUUAAAAGCAUUACCUAAAUUUAUAAAAUAUGCUUAAAUAAGCAAUUAAAACUAAAAUUUAGAAUAAAUAUGUAAAAAAAACAAAGAAUAUCCUAUUGAAGUUGAAAUCGGUUAAGAAUUUAAAUUUCAUUCUACUUUUGUAUGUCCAGUAUCUAGAGAUGUUGUAGGGCCUGAUUAAAAUAUUAUUUUACUGGCUUGUGGGCAUGUUAUAUCUGAGUAAUCAAUGAAAAAAAUUACUGCUAAUUCUACAAAAUCUAAAUUUAAAUGUCCUACUUGCCCAAAGGAAAUGUCUGUUAAAGAUACAAAAGUUAUAUAUUUUUGA